CGCAGAUUCCCUCCUACGGGCAACGACGGACAAGACGAAGAUGGCGCCACAUCCGAAGUCUGGAAAGUCCGGGCCCAAAGGGCACUCCAAACACUCAAAAAAAGAGGAUAAAGUCCUUAAAAGAAAACGAGAGGCAGAGGACCAUGACCGCCUGAAGAAGGCGAUCGACGAACUGGACCCCAAGUCCCCAGCCGCAAAUUUCGCCGACCUGCCCCUCUGCGAAGCCACAAUCUCCGGCAUCAAAGCCUCCCACUUCGAAACCCUCACCGAUGUCCAGGCUCGAGCCAUUCCUCUGGCCCUGAAAGGCCAUGAUCUCCUCGCCGCUGCCAAGACCGGGAGCGGCAAGACCCUCGCCUUCCUCGUGCCCGUCCUCGAGAAGCUCUACCACGCCCGCUGGACCCCCCGCGAUGGCCUCGGCGCCCUGAUCAUGUCGCCUACGCGCGAACUGGCUGUGCAAAUCUUUGACGUCCUCCGCAAGAUUGGCCGGUACCAUGACUUCUCUGCCGGCCUGGUCAUUGGCGGCAACAACCUGAAAGAGGAGGCCGAGCGCAUCGAUCGUAUGAACAUCCUCGUUUGUACUCCUGGUCGCAUGCUUCAGCAUCUGGACCAGCGAUUUGGAUUCAACGUCGACGACCUGCAGAUUCUGGUUCUGGACGAGGCCGACCGCAUCAUGGAUAUGGGUUUCCAGCACGCCGUUGACGCCCUCAUUGAGCACCUGCCCAAGGAGAGGCAAACACUGCUGUUUAGCGCCACCCAGAGCAAGAAGAUAUCGGAUCUCGCCCGUCUCAGCCUCAAGGAACCAGAAUAUGUCUCAGUUCACGAAGCGGCCGAGACAGCCACGCCGAGUAACCUUCAGCAGCACUACGUCGUGACGCCGCUCUCGGAAAAGCUGGACACGCUGUAUGGCUUCAUAAAGGCGAGCUUGAAGACCAAGAUCGUGGUCUUCUUGUCGUCCGGGAAACAGGUCCGAUACGUAUACGAGACGCUGCGACAGCUGCAACCGGGUAUACCAUUGCUUCACUUGCACGGUCGACAAAAACAGGAGGCGAGAUUGCGCAUAACACAACAAUUUACAUCGGCAAGGCAUUCGUGCUUGUUUGCGACGGAUGUUGUCGCACGAGGUGUCGACUUUCCCGCGGUUGAUUGGGUCAUACAAGUCGACUGUCCUGAAGACGCGGACACCUACAUCCACCGUGUGGGCCGAACAGCAAGGUACCAAAGCAAGGGCCGCGCGGUUCUUUUCCUGGACCCAAGCGAAGAGGAGGGCAUGUUGAAGAGGCUCAAGCAAAAGAAGAUUCCGAUAGAGAAGAUCAACAUCAAGGACAGCAUGAAGAAGAGCAUCAAGAACCAGGUGCAAAGCAUGUGCUUCAAGCAGCCCAACAUCAAGUAUCUGGCGCAGAAAGCCUUUGUUACUUACGUGCGGUCUGUCUAUGUACAAAAGGAUAAGGAGAUCUUCGACAUGGGAAAGCUAGAUUUGGAUGCAUACGCUGCCAGUUUGGGACUGCCGGGAACGCCAAAUAUCAAAUUCCGGCCUGGAGAGGACAUCAAGAAGCUGAAGAAUGCGCCGAGGAUGGCACUAAGCGACUCGGAGGACUCUUCGGAGGGCGAAGGUGGCAAGCGCAAGAACAAGGACGAAGUGAAGACAAAGGUGCAGAAGAUGUUUGAGCGAACGAACCAGGACGUGCUGUCUAGUCAUUACCGCAAGAUGGUAGGCGAGACAGGGGAGGACGAUGAGGACGAGGACAACUUCAUGGUUGCCAAGCGGGUCCUCAACGACGACGAUCUCGAGAAGGCAGCGCAAAAUGGCGAUCACAGCAGUGCCAAGGUCAUCGACUUUGGAGGAGACCAGCAGCUCGUCAUCGAUUCGAAACGACGCGAAAAGCUGCUCAAGUCCAAGAAGAAACUCCUCAAGUUCAAGGGCCAUGGCCAGAAGCUCGUGUUUGACGACGAAGGCAACGCACACCCUAUCUACGAGCUCGUCGGAGAGGACGAGUUCAAGCAGUUGGGGCCCGUGGACGAGCUCAGGCGGCAAUUCGUCGACCAGGAGACGGAGAAGGUCCAGGAGGCAGAUGUCGAGGACAAGGAGCUGGCCAAGACGAGGAGGAGGGAGAAGAGGGAAAGGAGAAAGGAGCUCGAGAGGAUGGAGCGUGGCGAAGGGCCCGGGCCGGCUGCGCCUGUUGCUCGGCUCGAGGGCUCGGACGACGGCGAGGACCCACUUGCCCUGUUGCGGUCGUUGCCCACUGGGGACGAUGCAGGAUACAGUGACAGCGAGGCCGGAGAGGAGAGGCCCGCGAAGAAGAAGCAGAAGAAGUGGUUCCAGAACGACUCGGACGUUGAGGAAGAGAAGCCCUCGAAGAAGUCCAAGAAGGACAAGAAGACCAGAAACAGGGUCAUCGAGAUGGCUGAGGAACCAGACAACCUGGAGGAUCUCGAGGCUCUCGCCGCAGGGCUGCUGGAGUAGUGAUAAAACAAUUGAUACCCUCCCUAGUCGCGA